UGUGUUUUCUCGAGAACUUUUGAACUUCCUCUUCUUCUAGCCGCAAGUUGCGUCCAAGCUUUGCUCUUUUUUCCAGGUAACCAUGGCUUCCUCUUCGCAUUUAGAUUGUUCAUUGUCACAGAGUGAGGAAAGAGGGCAUGAGGGCUCGACUGAUGUAUCUGGGGACGCUCAGACUGAAAAGUUUUCAUCGGUGCUUAACGGGGGAAAAGUUUUUGUUUGCGGUGGGGUUACCGUUGAAGUCCUCGAAAACUCCUGCUCUUCAUCGUGCUUAGAUUAUGGGUGGGCCUCCUGCGACAUAGGUCGGAUGCUAGGUGGAAAAUUAUCUAGGUCUCCUGGUGGGCUUCCUCCACAAUCACCUAUUGCUCAAUGGGACAACAUCAUCAAAUUUUUGGAUUCACUCAUGAGCAGAAUGCGUGUAAAUCAUCCAAUGAUAUAUGGUAGGGGUCCAAUGCCAACAGGAAUGCAAAUGGUUCCAAUGGUGUUACCAGACGGUCGAAUUGGCUAUGUCGGCUAUGUCUUACAACAACCUAGUGUACAAGCGCCACGCAGCCGACCUCGCAGAAGUGAUUGGAGUAAUGGUCCAAGUGGGCAGCCAGGACGAGGAGGUGAUAGUGGCAAUGAUGAAGGCAAUCGUAGUAGAAGGCAUUGUCUUUGAGUUGUUUUCUUAUUUAGAAGUAUAAUUUAAAUGUUUUUCCUCUGUAUGUGUUGUAUUGUUGUGGCAGCAAGUAUCUUAUGUAAAAGACUACGAACAUAUUAUGUAGUAUCAUUUGAUAUUUCCUUUUCGA